CCCAUGUUCCUGCGACCCGACGGCCCGCCCGAAGGAGGGAGUCGCGUUGGCCUCCAAGAUGGCGGCCAUGGCAACGGCGUCCGGGCAGCAGCAGAGUGACUGCUGUUUCAGUACUCCAGAUUCCGGUCAACACUUUCAAUUUCAGAACUGGACAAUUAAAGCUGAUCAAACUAAGAAAGCUGAAUUCAUAAGAACAGCAGAAAAACUAAAAAAUCAACUUGUGAAUAUAGAAAAAGACAAAAAUGGUAAUCUCUACAGCAAGAAGAGUGAUUUCAGGGUGGAAUACAGCACACUGGAAGAACUGGAACAUAAAAUGACUAACAACAGGAAAGCUGAAAAAGCUAAAAUCCAGCAACAACUAGCAAAAAUACACAAUAAUGUUAAGAGACUUCAACGACAAUUGAAAGAUGUGAAGCCUACACCGGAAUUCGUUGAAAAGCUCAGGGAAAUGAUGGAAGAAGCUGAAAAUGCAAUAAAUGGUUUUAAAGAAGAACAGCGACUAAUAUAUGAAGAGCUUAUGAAGGAGGAGAAGACUGCUACUAAUGAGCUCAGUGCCUUACAGAAAAAAAUUGACACAUGGGCACUGGGUAGUUCAGCCAUAGAAAGAGUUUUCAGAUUACCAUCAGGCAAGGUUCCAGUAGACAAAACACUGCAAAAUCAUCUACCUGAAGAAGUAGUAGAAUUUGAAAGGUUCCUUCAGCAAACAGGAGGGCGACAAGGAGGCUGGGAUGAUUAUGAUCAUCAACACUUUUUGAAAGUAUGGACAAAGCAUAAAGGAAAGCCAUCCUAUAUAGAAGAAGCCCUUGAGUAUCUCUCUGGAAGAACAAAAGAGGAUAUUCAACAGCAUGAGACAUGGUAUCAAGAAUUUCUGAUUUUAGAGGAAAGAAAAAAAGAGUCUAUUGAAAAGUGGAAAAUGAAGAAGCAACAAGAAAAACAAGAAAUCUUAAAGCAAAAGCAGAAGUCAGAGAAAAUGUUCAAAACAGAAAAUCUUCAACAAGAAGCAGCUCAGAAGCAAAAAGCAGAGAAAGAAAGGAAAAAGCAACAAGCAGCUGUCGAAGCAUGGAAAAGACAUAAAGAAAUAGAAUUUGCAAUGAAACAAGCAUCUCGACUGAAAGAGGAAGAAGAGAGAGAGAAAAAGCAACAGAAGGAACGCCAGCGCCAGUUCCAACUGAAGCUACUGCUAGAAAAGUACACUCAGCAGAAGGAGGAACAGGAGGCGCUCCGAAGACUUGAAAAGGAGAAGAGGGAGGAGGCUGAAAGGGAAGAGAGGAAGAGAAUUGCUGCAGAAGAAAUUUCUAAGUUUCAAGAGAGAGAUCUUCAUAAACUUGAAGUAAAGAUUCUAGAAAAGCAGGCAAAAGAGGAAGAAAAAAUAGAAAAAGAAAAAAGACUGGCAAAGUUAAGAGAGAAGGUAACUAACAUAUUUACUGAAUUGAUUGAUUUUUCUUGUUAUAAUCUGAUCAAACAUAUCUUCAUGCAUGUAAUUUAUUUUUAACAGCUUUAUUCUUCCUGCUGCCGCCUUCUAAAAGGCAAUUAUUUUUCUUAUCCAAAUGACCUCUUACAGCUGAAGAUUAUUUUUUGUCAUGGCAAACUAACAAACAACCCACCUCAGAAUGGGAAAAGUCUUGGCUUUUUACAGUGGAAAAAGCGCAUAAUUGUUCUUAAAAGAACAACACACUUAUUUUCCUUUUGAAAUGUGUUUAAAUAGCUAUCCUUAGUGGUUGAAAAGCAGAUAAAGAUACCAAAACACAUAUGAACAAAGGCUAAACAUUUUUUAAUUAUAGAUGCCUAAAGUUAAGCACCUGAAUCAUUAUUUAGGCACUUAAAAUAAGUUGCCUGUUUUUCACAAAUGUUGAGCAUCCAGUAGCUGCUGCUCAUUCUGUGAAUUUAUAGUGGACGUCAGUCUUCAGGGUUCCAAUCCUGCACCUUUUUCCUGCACAAAUUUUACUAAGAAUUAAGAGGGGGAAAAUAUGUUUGACAGACUGUCCCUGCUCUUGUCCAUAAGCACAUGGAGCAAACCUGUCAAUCCUGCAAUAAGCUCCAUGUGGGUCAAAGACUCUUGUCAUAAAUGAGAUUUAUUGUAUUUCUUGGAAGGACCAUCAUACAGGUUGAAACCUACCUUCCUUAUGCUAUUCAUUUAGCCAAUGUAUUUAUUUCUUGUGACAAAUGGAAAGGCACUGUUUUUUCCUAUUGUUAGCCAGUAAUCAGGGUCUUACAAAUUUUGUUGUGUUAGGAGAAAUUGAUAAUGGGGUCCAGGUAUUUCUUUGAUGCAAUCCUGUUUAUUUACAAAGAAUGUACACAAAGUCCAGUUUCCCUGAAUGCACUAGGAAUCAAACAGCAGGAGACAGUUUCUUUGGUCACAGUUCCAAGCCUUUUUCCAGCCAGCAUUUUAUCCAAAAGCUCUCUCAACGUUUUUCUCAUGGUCACUCUAUAAGUCCUCCUCUGACUCAAUAUGGGGUUUCCUCGCUGCUCUGCUGUUUCUUGCUGCAUUACUCUCACGCAGACAUACAGCUGCAGUCUAAUCAAUCCCGUCCCUGCAUUGUUUAUCAGAAACGGCCCCCACCUCCCCCAGCAAAGGGACAAGA